AAAUUGCAGGAUCCCCUAUUUAGGGUUUUACACGUCUGUCUGCUGUCUGCUUACUGCUCACUGCUCAUCUUUCACCCGCUGAAAUUGUAAUCAGGUGGUUGUAUUGUUCAUUCAGUGGUUGAAGACACCUGCCAAGAUGCAGAACGAAGAAGGACAAAACAUGGAUCUCUACAUUCCCCGAAAAUGCUCGGCUACAAAUAGGUUGAUUACUUCCAAGGACCAUGCGUCAGUACAGAUUAACAUUGGCCAUGUGGAUGAGAGAGGCAUUUAUACUGGUGCAUUCUCUACUUUUGCUCUUUGUGGCUUCAUUCGUGCUCAGGGUGAUGCUGACAGUGCCUUGGAUCGCCUCUGGCAGAAGAAGAAAGUUGAAGUCCGGCAACAGUAGAAUGCUUUUUAUCUUGCUUGGGGACGAUGAUUUGUCCCAAAUUCAGAAAAGCUAAUUUGUGGAUUAGCACAUUUGAGAUUUUGCUUAUCAAUUGCAUCAAUGUAGAGACGACCUUCCAUCAAUUGUAGACACUUUGGAGUUUUCCGAAAUUCAUCCUCCCAUCAUUUCCGGGUUUUUCA